UAACAGUCGAAACUGAUUCGUAUCCUGAUCUCGGAAGAAGGCUGCGACUUCCUCUCAAGAGCCUUCUUUCUUUUCGAUUUUCUUUAAAAGAGAUCGUCGAGGAAGAAAAGCGAUAACCGAGAAUAGAAGAUACCGAGGAGGAAACAAGAUAACCGUAUCGGAGCAUGAGAAGUCUCCGGCCGGUAUUCCGGGAAGCACGUCGGUUUUUCGAUUAAAUUAAAAAGCCGGGCCGAAAGUGGCAGAAGGAACGUUGGACCAGUGUGUUUUUUGUGGUUAUGUGUUAGUGAGAGCUGACGGAAGCAAGGCAAGCGAAGCACAGAAACGCCAGUCGCUAUGACCAAUAGCAUGAAACAAACGGUUAUCAAAAACCCGACAUGGUGGAAGAGGCGGUCCGGUUUGGAACGUGGGUUAACGGUGAUAGCGGUUUCCGGGUUCCUCUUAUGCGUCGCUUUGGCGGUGGCACUCGGAAUUUUGGCGGCCAACACGACAUGCAACACCAAGUCCCAAACCGAACCCGUUAAUGCAGAGAUGCUACCAUCCACAGCCGAGGCGUUAAGCGGCUCGAUAAUAUCGAAGCACAUCCAAACCGUAGAGAAAAGUCCGGAAUGCAACGAAAUCUGCUUGACACCAGGAUGUGUUUCAACAGCCUCGCAGAUACUGAAAAACAUGAACUCCGACGUGGAGCCGUGCGAUGACUUUUAUAAGUUCGCCUGCGGCGGCUUCCUCGACACUACGGUAAUUCCCGACGACAAAACCAGCGUCAAUACAUUCUCCAUCAUCGUCGAUAUCCUUGAGGAACAACUGCGAUCCCGUAUCGAACAGGAAAGUCUCCCAAAUGAGCCGAGGCCAUUUAAGCUCGCCAAAGACUUCUACAAGGCUUGCAUGAACAAAACCAAUAUCGAAAAGCGAGGCUUACAACCGUUGCACGAUAAUCUGAGGAAACUCGGUGGCUGGCCUGUUCUGGAUGGCGAGCGAUGGAACGACGGCGACUUCACGUGGAAAGAUUUCGUCUACAAAUUCCGCAGACUGGGCUACUCUGUCGAUUAUUUCAUCGACUUCGGUGUCAGCGUCGAUUUGAAGAACAAUUCGAGGCGUUUGAUCGACCUUGACCAAGCAGCCCUCGGCCUCUCACGCGAAUAUCUGACGAAAGGCAUGGACGAGAAAAUCGUUCAGGAAUAUUAUAAGUACAUGGUAGACAUAGCCGUGAUUCUCGGUGCCGAACCGGAGCGAGCCAAAAAAGAAUUGAAGGAAUCCCUUGAAUUUGAGAUCAAGCUCGCGAACAUCUCCCUGCCUAACGAGAAACGACGGAAUGUGACCCUCCUGUACAAUCCCAUGACCGUAAAUGAGAUGUCCCAAGCUUACCCCAGCAUACCAUGGAGGGAAUACUUCAAUACCAUUCUCGCGCCGCAAGCGCAUGUAAAUCAGGACGAGAUGAUCAUCGUGAACGUACCCAGCUACCUGAAGAAUUUCGAGAAACUGAUCCAGCAUACACCGAAGAGAGUGCAAGCGAAUUAUGCGUUUUGGCGAGCGGCUGCUGCAUCGGUUAGCUAUCUCACAGACGACAUCCGGAAGAGACAACUGAUGUAUACGAUCCACUUGAACGGUAAAACGGAAAGAGAGCCGAGAUGGAAAGAGUGCGUUGAUAUCGUGUCCGGUAGUAUGGCAAUCAGUGUCGGCUCAAUGUACGUAAGAAAGUACUUCAAGGAAGACGCGAAGAAGACCGCGCUAGAGAUGGUCAGCGAUAUCAGGGAGGAGUUCACGAAGAUCCUGAAGAAGGUGGAAUGGAUGGAUGAGAAAACGAGAGCGAACGCUUUAGACAAAGCAGCCAGCAUGGUGUCACAUAUUGCUUAUCCAGAUGAGCUACUAGAUGAUAAGAAGCUAGAAGAGUUUUACGCUGGACUAGAAUUGAAUUCCGACGAUUAUCUGGGGAGUAUUUUGAACCUAACGAUCUUUGGAACAGACUUUUCCUUCGGUAGAUUAAGACAACCGGUAAACAAAACCGAAUGGAUAUCUCACGGAAGGCCGGCUGUUGUAAACGCUUACUACUCGUCGAUCGAAAAUAGUAUCCAAUUUCCCGCGGGUAUCUUGCAAGGCGCAUUCUUCAGUAACGAUCGGCCACGCUAUAUGAACUACGGUGCUAUCGGUUUUGUCAUUGGCCAUGAGAUUACCCAUGGUUUCGACGAUCAAGGCAGGCAGUUCAACAAGGAAGGUAAUCUCGUCGACUGGUGGGAACCAGAGACGAAGGAGCAAUAUCUCAAGAGGGCCGAGUGUAUAAUUUACCAGUAUGGAAAUUACACCGUAAAGGACGUUGGAAUGAACUUAAACGGAAUAAACACUCAAGGUGAAAAUAUUGCUGACAAUGGCGGUAUAAAAGAAGCCUAUCUCGCAUACAAUGAAUGGGUCAAACGAAACGGACAUGAACCGAAACUACCAGGCUUGCCCUACAGUCCAAAGCAAAUGUUCUGGAUAAGCGCCGCCAACACGUGGUGCAGCAAGUACCGACCGGAAGCGAUGAAGCUGCGCAUUACAACUGGAUAUCACAGCCCCAGCGAGUUCCGCGUUCUAGGACCGUUGUCGAACAUGGAGGCAUUUGCACAAGACUUUAACUGUCCUCUCGGCUCUAAAAUGAAUCCCACGAAAAAGUGCGCCGUAUGGUAGACCUCAGAUCGACGACGAACUCAACAUUAACUAACUCCGAUACACUUUCCCCGAUGCAUCGUAAAUCCUAGAAGUCGCGGUUUCGCGUCCUUUGUUUCAUUGAAGCUCAUUUCACCAAUAUCGUUCCAUGACUUAGAAGUAAGAGUGAGAUUAUAUACACGAAUACGCGACGUUAUUUUUAUUAUCUUCCUCUUACUUCCACGGCCGUAAGAUGAUUUCUGUUACCGUAAUUCUCAGAUAUUGAAUUGUUGCUACAUCGUGACUGAGAUAAAAUUGAAUCGUGGUAAUUUUUUUGUAAGAUUCUGUGCUGCAUUUCAGAGUAUUUAGACUUCUAGAGUUAACGAACGAAAAAAAGAAGUCGUUUAUCAGUACUUAGAAGUGAAAACUGAUGAAUGAAUUUUGCAACAGCACAAAAUGCGAGAAAAUUCUCCCUAUGUGAAGAUUGAUUCGAGCUGCGCUUUUGAUCGCGCGGAAUAUACACGUACAUUAUAUGUACAGAGUGUCCGUCUCUUACCGUAUUAUUUUUUAAUGACAAAUUCUUUGACUAAUGUGAAGUUGAACUUAGUGAAAAUAUUGAGGCACCGAUAAUCUGUGAAUUAUACAGAACGAAGAAGAAAGACUUUCUACAUUCUUCAGUUAAUUUCUGGUAAAAUGUUUUAAUAAAAUUUUAAUUGGAAAUUUUGUUACAAACGUAUGGAAUGUAAAAAAUUGAAUAACUGCGAAAAACUAUUAACUACUUCGACAUUUUCGCUAAAAAAAAUCCUCUCCAAAUUGUCCAAGGAAUCUGCUAUUAUAAAAUAAUGUGGUAAAAGUGAAACACCUUGUACAUAUCGUUUUUGGUAAGGAACUUUUAUAAAAUGAAAUCUAUGUCACGGUGUGUGCAUGUAUGUAAAUAGAAAGUAAAUGGAAUAUAUAUAACAACAGAUUCAAAAAGUUGAUUAGUUCUAUUCGUAUGGAGUUUACUUCGUGUUAAAGGUCGUCCGACUAUCUUUGAUGUGCAAGGAAUAUGAUAAUUCCUAUGCCAAUAUUGAUAUGAAAAUUUAGAUUAUUCUAUAAUAGAGAGAGAAAGAGUAAGUCGUAGCAUUACACUAAAUUAUCCAACACGCUUAAUCUAGUUUUAAAUUAAGAACCUACGUGAUUGACACAUUGCAGAAGAGGAAAUGUCGGCAGCUUUAUCGAAAACGCGCUUUAUAUCCCCUUCUUCUCUUCCCCCUUCCUGAAGAGGGGCUUUUUCAUUGUUGACAGUUUUGUUAAGAUCUGCUUUUUAGAAUAAUUCUUAAAGUAUUCUGUUCAUAAGAAAAUGAAUAUCUAUGGUAUGUUAAUAAGGAGAUGAAUAUCCAUAGUAUGUAUUAUACACAAUGUAUCUCGUAAAAUUGGGAAUUAAUCAAUAGUAUACUUUCGGAUAAAUUUAGUAUAUUUCCAUAGUGGACAUUUUUUUUUAACGAAAACCGUUAUUUGUUCUAGCUACUUUAAAAAAGUUAAGUAUUAUUUAUUAGUAUUAGUAUUAUAAAGUAGCAACUGUGGUGUAUGCAUCAGAUCACGUCAAUUCUUAUUAAGAUAAAAUCUAUUUUCUAAUUAAUCGAAGUAGAACAAAUUUCGUAUUUCUCAAAAUUUAACUCUUUAAGACAUUCAUCGCGAUAUUAAGUAGCAUUAAAUAUUUUCCUAAUUAAGAUUCUUAUUAAAUUUUCACAAAUAGACAUCUCUGUCAUUGAUUCCCUAUUUUAUGAGAGAAUCACAUUUUGUAUAAUAAAUUGUACAAGAUAGACCAAAAAUCUGAAUACAGUCGAAUAUCUCGUAAACAAAACAAUUUUGAAAAAACAAAAAUGUUUUAAAUAAUAAGUUAUAGGAUUUAAAAAGAUCUAUUUACUGAUCAACUUUUAUCUAAAACAUUUUUUUCAAAAUUGCAUCGCUUACGAGAUAUUCGAUUGUAUCCAGACUUUUGGUCCACCCUGUAUAUACAUUUGUAUAUGCAUAAUUCAGAUAUCCGCAAAUUCCGGCGACUCAGUGCGAUUUUGCCACUUGUCAAUUGUGUCGAGUGCUCUCAGAGAAAGUUAUUAGUCGUAGAGUUACCGUUUUGAAGUACUUAGGGCAAAUUAUUACUAGUAUUAAUCUUAACUGUUUAACUGCGAGCGAAGGUGUGCCCACGCAGUCGCGCUUAUCAACAUAUUAUUUCUUGCAUCUGUAUAUGCGAUGCAAUAUAGUAAUUUUAUUUGUGUUAAGUUCUUUCCUGCCUUAUAUAGACGCAUUUUUCGCAAUUGUAUUUAUUAUGUGAUGACUAUUUAGUCGUUAAAUACCAUAAAGUUAAGCAAAGAGAUAUAUAAGAGACGUAUGUAUCUUAUAAAGUUAAUUUGUUGAGUGUAAAAGUUUAAUACAAAAAACCUCAUGUAAAUAUCAAAUUGUAUUCUA